CCCUUUCCUUCCCUUCCCCGGGUCUCCCCCACCGCCUCCCCCUGCCCCGCGUCCCUCGCAGGGCGUCGGGCCGGCACGGGGGUCUGUGCGCCGCGCCGAGCCGCAGGGAGGGAGGGCGGGAGGGGAGGAAGGAGGGAGGCGGGGAGGGAGAGAGAGAGAGAGAGAGAGGCUGAGCCAGAUCUUCAUGCCACUGCAGGCAGCAGCAGCAGCAGCAAAACUUCUGAAGGUUUGCAGAAGACAAUAAGAGAACCACCAAGAAGGCUAUUGCAGCGUUGUCAAUUCCAGAAGUCUGGUACCAAGACUGCCAUUCCAGCUUCCUCAUUGCUCCUGGUGGCUGGGGCAUAUCCCAAUGCUAUUUGCCUGUUGAAUGUGUGGAGAAUAUCUUCCUGAAGACAACUGUCUCUUUUGUAUUGGAGCACCUGCCACUACAGGAGUCAAGGUCUUAAGGGAACGUUGCUUCUCCAUCCUUGCUGUAUUCUUCCAUGUCAGAUCAAGACACCUGACGGAUAAAAACUCAUCAGUUGGAAUUUACUACUGCCAGUAUGUAUCAUUCUGUGUCUGAAACCAGUCACCCUUUGCAAACAGAGGAACAAGAGAUAGGCAUUGAUCCCUUGCAGAGUUUUUUGAACAAGCCAGGGGAAGGAGGAUCAAAUGAAAACGGAAGUACACCCUCCACCUCAGAUUCAGAUGGAACUUUUAUUUCUUACAGUAAAGAAUGGGAAGAACUAUUUGUAAACAACAAUUACUUGGCAACAAUACGGCUGAAGGGGAUUAAUGGGCAGCUGAGAAGCAGCAGGUUCCGUAGUGUUUGCUGGAAGUUAUUUCUGGACGUUCUACCGCAAGAUAGAAGUCAAUGGAUUAAAACCACUUCAGACUUAAGAACUUCUUACAGUAAGAUCAAAGAAAUUCACAUUACAAACCCUCGGAAGGCAGGACAGCAAGAUCUGAUAAUCAACAACCCACUCUCUCAGGACGAGGGGAGUCUUUGGAAUAAAUUUUUCCAGGAUAAAGAGCUUCGAGCAAUGAUUGAACAAGAUGUGACAAGAACCUUUCCUGAAAUGCAGUAUUUCCAGCAAGAGAAUGUAAGGAAAAUUCUUACAGAUGUUCUGUUCUGCUACGCCAGAGAAAAUGAGCAGUUGCUUUAUAAACAGGGCAUGCAUGAACUUCUAGCUCCCAUUGUCUUUAUCCUACACUGUGACCACCAGGCUUUUUCACAUGCCAGUGAAGCUGCACAACCAAGUGAGGAAAUGAAAGUUCUUUUGAAUCCUGAAUAUCUGGAACAUGAUGCCUAUGCAAUGUUCACACGUCUUAUGAAAACAGCAGAACAUUGGUUUACAACUUUUGAACAUGACAGUCAGAAGGAGAAAGAUGUGAUGAUAACACCUAUGCCCUUUGCAAGGCCACAGGAUUUGGGGCCAUCUAUUGCUAUUGUAGCAAAAGUAAAUCAAAUUCAGGAUCAUCUGCUGAAGAAACAUGAUAUUGAGCUGUACAUGCAUCUGAACCGACUGGAAAUUGCUCCACAGAUUUAUGGACUGCGAUGGGUAAGGCUCCUGUUUGGACGUGAAUUUCCUCUUCAGGAUCUUCUGGUUGUCUGGGAUGCUCUAUUUGCUGACAGUAUCACCCUGAAUUUAGUGGACUACAUUUUUGUAGCCAUGUUGUUGUAUAUCAGAGAUGCCUUGAUUUCAAGUAAUUAUCAGACCUGUUUGGGACUUCUGAUGCAUUAUCCACCUAUUGGAGAUGUUCACUCCCUUAUCCUGAGAGCGCUUUUUCUCCGAGAUCCAAAGCGAAAUCCAAGACCAGUGACUCACCAGUUCCAACAAAAUUUAGAUUAUUACAAAGCACGCGGAGCAGACUUGAUGAACAAAACCCGUGCCAGUGCUAAAGCUGCCCCUUUGAACAUUAACAAAGUCUCCAACAGCUUACUGAAUUUUGGCCGAAAGCUCAUUGCUCCGGCCAUGGCUUCGGGUGGGGCAGUGGGCACUCCUGCUGGCGGGAGCAGCUUCCCUCCCUCUUCAGUGCCAAGCAGGAGCACAGUGGAAGCCCCUCAGCACCAGCAGCACCACCAGCAGCAGCACCAUCACCACCACCAGUCACAGCAGCAGAGGAUGAUGAAGUCUGAAAGCAUGCCAGUUCAGCUGGGCAAAGGCCAAAGUUCAAAAAACAUCAGUUCAUCUCCAAGCAUAGAGAGCUUGUCUGGAGGACGUGAAUUUACAGGAUCUCCACCUUUGUCUGCAUCAAAGAAGGAUUCCUUUUUCAGCACCAUCUCCCGCUCUCGUUCCCAAAGCAAAACUAUGAGCAGAAAAGAGUCGGAGGAGGAAUUAGAGGCCCAGAUUUCAUUCCUACAAGGACAGCUAAACGAUUUGGAAGCCAUGUGUAAAUAUUGUGCAAAGAUGAUGAACACGCAUCUUGGAAAUAUUCAGGAAGUCAUUUUGCAGGAACGCUUGGAAAAAGAAGAUGAAAUUCUGGUUUCCUUGGCUGGUUUGAAGCAGAUCAAGGAUAUCCUGAAAGGUUCAUUGCGUUUCAACCAGAGCCAGCUGGAAGCUGAAGAAAAUGAGCAAAUCACUAUUGCUGAUGAUCAUUACUGUUCCAAUAAUCAGAACAAGGGGGCAGGUGACGUCCUAAAGGGACCUGUCAUGACAAAGCAACAGUUCAUCUCAGGACAACAGACUACAACGGAUCCAAGUACUAGUGAGAGCAAGAGUGCUGAUGACUAUAUUAUGGUUUCCAAAGAAGAGGAGAAAAGUAAAAGUGCUGUUCCAGAGCCAGUACAGCCCCUUCAGGCACACAAGGAAGCAGCAGUGAAGCCAGAAGCUCCAUCUCGUUCUUCUUUGAUAUUUUCCGACCCUCUGAUGGGCUCCAUUUCAGCCUCCUCCAGCAACCUGAGCUCCAGCCCUGAUGAUGACAGUAGUAAUAACAGCAAAGAUUCUGACUUUGCUAUUGUCAGCCCACUGGACAUCUAAGGAAACAGGUUGGGAGAGUUUGGGAAACCUGUCAUUACAACUCAGCUCUAAUUUCUGUGAUUCCAUGGGUUGGAUAGUUCUUUGGAUUACAAGGACAAAAUAUAGAUAAAGGUAGCCCAUUUCAGCUGCCAAAAGCCUAAAUUAAAAUAAAAAGGCAAACAAACAAAAAAUACAUAAAUUUGCUACUUUUAAAAAAUAAUAUAUACAUUUUAAUAACUGCCUUAAAUAAAGACCCAGUAAAACCCAGUUCUAAUAUACAGUUAUUAUUAAUUAUGCUGUUACCCUACUUAGGAGCUUUGUUACUAUAGAACUGUUGCUUUCCCAAAACAUAAAAUAGUAGUAUAUGCUAGGUACCAUAAUGGAAAUGUGUGGUUACCUGGCAUCAGACCUGAAGCACGAAAGACAGCCUAGAUUUAAUAUUGUCCUUUUACAAAAUAUGUUUGACUGGGUUUUCUGUGUAGGAAAGGGUACUGUUUCUUCAGAGACUGUGAUUAGAGAAGUUGGGAAUGAGUAUCAAAAAGAUUAAAAGCAUCAUCCUGGUAGGAAGUUUGUUCUCCCUUGAGGAAUCCUAGUUACUUCAUUUUCAUCCUGCAAUAGCCUGAGGUGUGUUCAGGUUUGUGUAGGUGUUCCUCAGUGCUUACAGGAGACUAUGUGACAAGCUCCUUGAGAAUGGGGACCUACACAACAGAGUCUUAUUUGCCUUUCUCUACUUUUUCCCCUUGAGAGCUCCCAGUUCACCUCUUUCCUUCCUUAUCUUUGUCUACUUCUACUUCCCCUGGCAUGAUUUUUUUAAUUUUGCUCAGAUUACCGCAGUCAAGAAGAGGGUGCAAGGGAAAUAACAGUAUUUCAUAAUGUAGACCUGAGCUGGUUGAACUAAAACUAGCCUAAGUAUGAUUACUUACCAGGGAAGGUUGCAAAGUGAAAUGAAAUGUUCAUAAUAAAAAGCACUUUAUGUCUCAUUGCUAUUACCUUCUGUAGACUCUGUUUACAUAUAUUCCUAUAUGAUUUCCAUAUUUCUAAUCACAAGAAACAUAAUGGUGCAGCAGCAUUAACCAACAGAAAGUUUCUGAUUAGUUCUGUUACUUGUUCUUAUAUGGAAAAGUGUAUUUUUUUCCCAUCAAGUCCAUAGUACAUUUAAUAACAGCUUUCUUCAAGUAGAUAAGCGGGGCUUUCUGUACUCUCUGAUCCAUUUAACCUCUGUUGGAAUUCAGAAAACAAAACUGGUGGUGAGUAGACUGCUCCUCUUGCAGGACCCACACAGAGUUAGCUUGAGGAAGGAGUAUUAUUAUGUCUCUGUCACAGCAGCAAAAAAAAGCAUCAUUUGCUUUAAGAUGCAUAUACAUUAUACCAUGCAACAACUUCCUAUUUGCAUGGCAAAGCUUGUGUUUGUUCAAAGUUAUGAAAUUGUAGUUAUUUGCUGCUUAGUCUGUAAUUGUAAAUGAAGUACUGUAUCCCAAAGAUGAGGUGACGUAAUUUGCCAGUCUUAGAUUUUACAAGGUCUGUGUCCGUGACUGAACUAAAGAGUUAAUUGUCAUGUAAUUACAUGGUAGCUGCCAUCCUUACAUGUUCAAAAGCCACCAUGUAGUUCUUCGGAGAUUAUUUGUGCCUUGUAAAAUGUUAAAAUACUAGAAUGUUAAGAGCAGGCAUAGCAUCACUCCUCUCUGCAAUAGAGUGAUGCAAACAGUCAGGUGGCUGUUUAGAUGAAAGAUCUCAAACGCAUAACAUUUUGGAGAGGUGUUUAUUUUAAGCUUCAUAAAAGAUCACUUUGGAAUUCAGCAUGCGUGCCUGUCUCCAGUUUAUUUUAUUACCCUGAGUUUGCAUGAAUGCCAGGGGAUGGGGUGGCUGGUUGAUUUAUUUAGGUCUUUCAAGCUUUUCCAGCUUUAACCUAUACAAUAAGGCUUGUGGCUCCAUCAGCAAAGAGCGGCUGUUGAAGAAGUUCCUAUGGAAAGAGGAAAGAAAUAUUCUGGGGACAGAGAGAAAAGUUUUAUAUUCUGUGAUACAUAAACCUUCAAAGAUUCCAGUAGCUUGGCAGAAGAAAAUGUUUUUACUUCUUUUUUAUUUUUUUAAGCAUCAGUCUUUUGAUUUCUAUUCUAGUGGGUUGUUUCAGGGAUCACAUUGCUAUUUUCUUGAACAGUCUCAUUGCCAAUGGAAGAAUGCGAUUUGUACAGGUUUUUUUUUAUUUUUGUAAAUUAGUUGUAUCUUUAAUGUUGCAUAUUUUAAAACAGUAGUUUAUAAAGAUUUGGGGAGUUUAUAAGAAGAAUUAGUGAAUACCAAUAAACUGAAUGCGUAUCAUGCCAUGGGAUAUGAUAAGAAUCUCCAAAAGCAGAGAGACGAUUAUACAAAUAAGAUCAGAGCAACUCCGGUAAAUGAAUCUGGUUUGGUUGUACCAUGUCCUUUCACAUCUCAAAUAUGUUGUCUCUGAUAUUUGAUCAUAUUGCAGAGAUAAUGAAAAGUAUUUUAGUAUAUUCAUUAAGUUAGAAUCUUGUUAAUUAGAAAAAACAUCAAAUCAUCACCCUGUUUUGUGUUAUGUUAAGAAUAUACUGAAAGAGAAAUUGUCAUUUAAAAUACAAGAUUAUUCAUUUUCUCUGGAAAUGACCUGCUCAUAAUGUUCAUGGAUAACUGUAAUCAGAUAGAAAAAUAUUAGCAUUGCAAAUUGCUGACAAAAACUGAUGCAGCAUUAAGAUCGAUGAUCUGAGACUGUUUUACUGUAUUUACUUUAUAAAGUAAUAAAUAUUUAUUACUUUAAAGUCUCUUGCAUGUCAUGUCAGUUGUAUGUACUGCAGAAAGGCAGCAUCAUAUUUUGACUGGAUAUUGAUUUAGUCGUGGAGCUUUGUAUCUUUACUCUGGAAGAACAUUUAGCCCGCUUUAUUAAAGAAAGAGUUAACAAAC